AUGGACGUCUCGUUCUCGCUCGCAAGAAUUCAGUCACCACUACUACUACCAGUACCAUCACCACUGGUGCUACCAGUAGCAUCAUCGCUGGCACUAACAGUACCAUCACCACAGCAACCACCACAACUCGCACAACCAGCACAAGCACGACAACCACCACAAGCACUACUACAAGUAAAGUCUGUCUCUGUUUUCCGGGUUUAG